GAAUUCAAAUGAUUUAAAAAUAAAAUGUCCAGCAAAAAUUAGUUAUGGCCCUAAGAAGGGAUGCUCCCGGUAUGCAAAAAUGACUUGACACAGUUCAUGCCUCAAUUAUACUCAAAUGAAGGUAUGAUCAAGAUAUCUUAAUUAUUCGGUGAGUUUUUGAUAGUGUCUAAGAGAGUGAUCACGACAUCUUAAGUCUCAAGAUGACACCUAGAAACAUCAAGAAGUUUUUCUUAUAUUAUAUUAAUAUGUGUUAAACAAAUCUAUGGAAUGAUUUAAUGGGGUUGGAUCUUCAUUCGAAAAAAAAAAAAACAUAAAAAAAUUUGAUUUUACAGAGACAAGAUUUGAACCCAUGACUUCAAGGUUAUGAGCCUUGCAAUGUAAUAGACAAACAGAGAAUGAAUGGUGAACUAUUAGACAAACAAAGAAUGAAAGCACUCCUAAUGAUUUAUCUAUUCAUAUUCCACACUAAAAAUAAAAAAUAAAAAAUCAAAUUGAUCCUUCAUCCAAGAAUUUCUUUUUCUUUUUCUUUACAAAAACAAUUAUAAAUACCCUAUGAAGGGUCACUGUUACUUGGGAUUGGGAUUGGCUUUGGGACUUUAUUGCGGGAGGGUGAAAAGGGCUCCCUUUCGGGCGGUCCGAGCCAUAAGUGAGAUACCACUCUAAAAGAGCUAGAAUCGGGAGGACGAAGAAGGUCCCUUUUCGGGGCCAUAAGUGAGAUACCACUAUGAAAGAACUAGAAUCCUUCCGUCCACUGUUUUCCAUACCACUCUGAAAGAGUUAGAAUCCUUCAAUCCACGUUUCUCCGUACCUUUGAAAGCUUAUUUUGAGCUCUUAGGUGGAGAGUGAAGAAGACCCCCUUCUGAGGGGUCCGAGUCAUCAGUGAGAUACUACUCUAAAAGAUCUUGAACUCUUCCCUCCACUAUUUUUCGAUCCUUCAGUCUACUGUUUUUCAGUACCUUUGAAAGCCUAUAUAAGCAUCAUCCUUGUUGCUUCCAAAAAACAAUGGUUUUUUAUCUUUGUCUUCUCCUCUUUCUGGUCUAUUCCAUCACUACUUGUGAUUGCUGUGUUCAUCAAUCCAAAACUGUUAUUACUACAAUGAUACACCUAUUGUUCCACCCAUUGUUAAAAAUAUUUGAUUGGUAUGUUUAUUUUGCAGCACUACUAGAACUAUAUGGUUGCUAAAGAUCAAAAUUAGGAUAGCAGAUAUGAUUUUGUCCUCGGUAAGAAAGCAUGAUCCACUAUGGCUUCAAAGAAUAAGUCUGAAAGAACUAUCAACUAAUUCAAGAUUUUCCCGGAAAAGAAAAUUUGAGUGAGAAUUUUACUCCCAGCCAAACAAACUGAAUCAAGCUAUGCUAUAAAAGCCCCCUUCCAUCUCAAUCUUAAUCGUAAAUCAAUAAGCUCAUCGGUUUCCCAUUGAAAACAAAAAUCAUACCAAAAAGAAAAAAAAAAAUCAACAAUUACCGAAUAACAAUGGAUUCCAGAGCCAUUUCCGCCGCCCUGCUUUUGAGUUUCCUCCUCUUCUCUGCAGCCUCCGCUUUCAAUAUCACUAAUCUCCUAAGCCAGUUCCCCGAUUUCAAUGAUUUGAACGAUUUCCUCACACAAACAAAUCUCGCCGGUGAAAUUAACAGCCGUAAAACCAUCACUAUCCUCGCCCUCGACAACGGCGCCGUUUCUGGCCUAUCUGGAAAGCCAUUGGACGUCCUGAGAAGGAUCUUGAGCGUUCAUGUUAUUCUCGAUUACUACGAUGCUCAGAAGCUUGCUAGAUUGUCUACCGAUAAUACUACCGUUCUCACCACUCUGUUUCAAGCAAGCGGCGCUGCCAGGAAUCAGCAAGGUUUCAUCAAGGUUACGCAGAUUAGCCAUGGCGAGAUCGCGUUCGGAUCCGCCGUAAGAGGAUCUCAGUUCGAUUCGAGAUUGGUGAAAUCCGUCGUCGCACAGCCGUACAACAUCUGUGUUCUUCAGAUCUCAUCUCCGAUUCAGGUUCCUGGAAUCGAUGUCAAGCCACCUCGCUCCUCUCCAUCAUCACCACCACCGGCGUCGUUUUCUCCCGUCGGAUCUCCUAAAAAGGCACCGGCUCCUUCCGCUAAGACUCCGUCAAAGGCUAGGGCUCCUCCCGCCAAAAAACCUAAGGUUGUUGCCGAUUCGCCGGCAAGGUCUCCACCGAAGGCCGCCGACGGUGAGGAUGAUGCGGCUGCUCCAGCACCUAGCGAAAAAUCCGGGGUCUCACGCGGUAGCUUCAUCGGAGCUGCGGCUGUUAUGGCUGUGAUCUCGGUGUUUCUGGCUCUGUGAGUUCUAGAAGCCAAUGCGGUUAUGCUUUGAAGAUUGGAAAAUUUUGAAUUAUGUAUGCCGCUCAAUUGCCUAAUGCAAUGAGCGGAAAAUAUUUAACUUUUUUCAAUGAGAUUGCUCUACUUUCUU